GCGCACUGGAGCGGGAGGCGGAGUGGAUGCUGAUCGCUCUCUAUCUGCUGCCCUGUGCCCUCCAUCCCUCGGCGAUCAGACAGACACGGACUUAGGGGGGGAUAUCCGCGCAGGUUUUUGGGGGGAAGAUGGGGACGCAACCCGGCUGCUGACGAAGGAAGUCUGAUGUAGAUGCUGAGCCAGAGGAGAGCCCAGGGAGCAGCAGCAGCAGCAGCAGCAGCAGUGGGGCUGUAGAUGCCCUCUCCACAGGCCCGGCCCCAGCCCCCUCUCAGGCCUCUGCAGGAGAGCCAGGACAAAGAGGAGACAGCUCCUGCUCUGACUCCGACAGUCCUGUAGAUUCCAGCUCCUGCGAGGAGGAGGACGAGGAGGAAGAGGAGGAGGAGGAAGAGGAGGAGGAGGAGGAAGAAGAUCCAGCAAUGUUCUCCUCAAAAUUCCUCAGUGGGGCCAACCCCCUCAAUGCUGUGUCCUCUGCUGUGAAUAAGUUCGGUUUAUUUGGAGAUGAGGGGGAGGGGAAUAAAAAACCACCUCCCCAGCAGGGGGUGAAAUCAGCUGGAGAACAGCAGCCAGGAGUAAGCCCUGGCAAAGACCCUCAGCAAAAUCAGGGCCCCCCAAAACCAGGCCAGGGCACCCCUAUGCAAAAGAGCCAGCCUGUUCCUAAGCAAGGAUCACCGCAGCUGCAGGGGAAUGGACAGACUGGACCUUCAAACAAGCCCGCUGGGCAACAAGCUGCUUCGAAGCCGGGGACACAGCCUGCAGCCCAGCUUAAAGGAGAGCCCCCAAAAAACCAACCUAAGGGCCCACAGCAGCAAGGCUCACCUAAGCCGGAAGCAAAACAACAGGCUCCGUCUAAGAGUGGAGCACAACCAGAAUCUCCGAAGGCAUCAUCACAGCAACAGGUUCCACCUAAGACAAAAAUGCAACAACAAGGCCCUGCUAAGACUGGUGCACAGCAGCAGCAACCUGCAAAGACUGGAGUGCAAGGGUCUACAAAGGUUGGGACUGAACUGGGGCAGCAACAGCAGGGGUCACCAAAACCUGGACAGCAGAAAGGCGGCAGGACUACGCCCCAGCAGCAAGGCACGAAGGGACCUGGCACCCCUGGGUCUUCAUCACCGGCAGCAAACAGAUCUCAGUCUAAAGCAGGAGCUAAGUCUCUCUGCCCAGUGUGCAACACAACAGAACUUAAUGUGCAUACCAAGGAUCCACCAAACUAUAAAAACUGUACACAGUGUAAAACUGAAGUCUGCAGCUUGUGUGGAUUCAGCCCACCAGAUUCUGAUGGACGUGAGUGGCUUUGUCUUACCUGCCAAAUAAAGAGAGCUCAAGGAACUUCGGAACCACCGGGACCUCCCAUGAAAAAGCCCACAUCAAACCAGACACCGUCUCCCGCUGCACCUGUCAAAAAGGAAACAUCAGCGCCAGGUUCACCUCAGAGAUUGCAGUCUACGUCAACAAAAGUGCCAGCCAAGGGUGAAGCUGCUAAAGGACCAGAAAGUCAAAAACAAGCCAGCCCAGCAACUGCUCAGAAAACGACACCCGAGACCCAGAAAGCAUUAGGGUCUCCAAAACCUUCUAGUCAACCUGGACGCAAGCAAAGCAGUGCCACCCCAGCUCCCCAGCAGGAGUCGGGAGGUUUAUUUGGCUUCAGUGGUGCUAAAACUGAAGCUGCAAAGCCUGAAGAGUCAGUGACUGGGAAGAUGUUUGGUUUUGGUUCCUCUAUUUUCAGCUCUGCAUCGACUUUGAUAGCUUCAGCUGUUCAGGAUGAGCCUAAAACCACACCUCCGGUUUCUCCUAAAAUGCAGCCUGCAAAGGAGACCAAACCAACUUCUGCCCCAAAGUCAGAGCAAGACAAGAAACAGCAGCAACCUCAGCAGGCAAAGGUUCAACCAGCAGGGCAGGGGAAAGUGGAAAAAUCAGAGACUCCAAAGGUAGCAGCAGCCCCCCAGGGUGCUCCUAAAGCAGACAAGUCCACUUGUCCAAUCUGCAAGAUGGUGCUCAACGUGGGCUCAAAGGAUGCUCCCAACUACAACAGCUGCACUGACUGCAAAAGCAUUGUCUGUAAUCAAUGUGGAUUUAACCCCAUGCCAAACGUUAAAGAGGGAAAUGAGUGGCUUUGCCUAAACUGCCAGGUGAAGCGAGCUGCUGCAGGAAUUGAACCUCAGAGAGACCCGUCUUUAGUUAAUUCAUUUAAGAAGACACCUCCAGCACAGCCUGCACUGCAAAACACUUCUUCACCAGGGUCUCCUCAGAAAAAAGUAUCAACACCAGCAGCACAACCAGCUAAGGCUGAAGUACCAGACAGUCAUAAACAGGUCAGCCCAGCUCCUGGUCAGACAAAACCUCAGGAGAGCCAGAAGACAGGUCCUCAACAGUCAGUCCAGAAAAUUCAAACUGCACAGAAGCAGGGAAAUGCUACUGCACCACCACAGCAAGAGUCGGGAGGCUUCUUUGGUUUUGGUGGAGGUAAAACUCAGCCCGAAGCUGCGAAGCCUGCAGAGUCAGUGACUGGGAAAAUGUUUGGUUUCGGAUCCUCUAUCUUCAGCUCUGCAUCCACUUUGAUUACUUCAGCUGUUCAAGAUGAGUCAAAAAUUACACCGCCUGUUUCCCCCAAGAUGUCUCCGGCAAAAGACCCCAAAUCUCAAACUGUAAAGAAACAAGAACAAGAAAAGAAACCGGAGAAACCACAGCAAGCCAAGGGUUCCCCAUCAGUACAACCAAAAGCAGACAAACCUCCAUCAGAGCCUCUAAAGAAAGCAUCAGCUUCACCAGUUGUUUCCAAGGCAGGCCAGUCUACCUGUCCUCUCUGUAAACUGGAACUCAACAUGGGCUCUAAAGAUCCUCCCAACUAUAACACCUGUACUGACUGCAAAAACACUGUCUGUAACCAAUGCGGAUUUAACCCCAUGCCAAAUGUUAAGGAGGUGAAGGAGUGGCUAUGUCUCAACUGUCAGAUGCAGAGAGCACUAGGGGCAUCUGAACCUCCAGGAACUCCGAUGAUGAAACUACAGGCUUCACCAAAUAAAGUCAGUGCACCUAUCAGUGCAGCAAAGAAGGACAGUCCCCCAUUGGACACCCCUCAAAAGAAAGACAUUCCAGCGCCUGUUGAAUCUAAAAUAAAGGAAGGCUCUCCGUCAGGCUCCCCUGUCAGGAAACCACAAAAACAAGCAGAACAGGCAGCAAAGACUGAAGCUGUGAAGGGACCUGAAAGUCAGAAACAGGUCAGCCCAGCACCUGGUCAGAAAACUGCACAGCAAGGCCAGAAGACGGGUCCUCAGAAACCACCAGACCAGGCCAAACCAAAUCAAACUGGAGUUAAAAAGAGUAGCAUUACAUCGACUACACAAGAGGAAUCUGGAGGGUUCUUUGGAUUUAGUGGUCCAAAACCUCAACCUGAUGCUGCAAAGCCUGCUGAAUCUAUAGGUGGAAAAAUGUUUGGCUUUGGUUCCUCAAUCUUCAGUUCUGCGUCCACUUUAAUAAACUCAGCUGUCCAAGAUGAAUCCAAAACGACACCACCAGUUUCUCCCAAGAUGCCUGCUGCAAAGGCAAUUAAAUCACCUCCUGUUCAGAAACCUGAGCAGGAAAAGAAACCAGAGCAAGUUCAACAGCCCAAAACCUCUCCACUGCCACAAGCCAAAGUAGAAAAAGGCCCAUCAGAGCUCAAAAAGGAUGCAGCAGCUUCACCAGCUGUUCCUAAGGCAGGGCAAUCUACCUGUCCGCUCUGUAAAGUCCAGCUCAACUUUGGCUCCAAGGAACCUCCAAACUACAAUAAAUGUACUGAAUGCCAGAACACUGUCUGUAACCAAUGUGGAUUUAAUCCGAUGCCAAACGUGUCAGAGGUUAAAGAAUGGUUAUGCCUGAACUGUCAAAUGCAGAGAGCGCUUAGUGCAUCUGAACUGACGGGACCUCCUAUGAAACCGAACACUGGAGCUAACAAAAUCACUCCUUCUGCUGUACAGCAGAAAAUCACAGCUCCCAACCAAGUGGAAAAGAAGGGGAGUUCCACGCCAGGUUCUCCUCAGAAGACGCCGCCUGCAGCAGCAACACCUGCAGCUAAGGUUGCACCUGCCGCUAAAGGUCCAGAGAGUGAAACAAAAACUAGCCCAGCUCCUGGUAGGAAAACUCCUGUGGACAUCCCAGGGGCACCAGGUUCUCAGAAACCUACUGACCGGACAAGUCAACCUGCUCUGAAACCGACCAAGGCCGCCACAGAUACACAACAGGAGUCAGGAAAGACAUCUGGCUUGAUUGGUCCUAAAGCAGGCCCUGAUGCUUCAAAAACAACUGAAUCAGUCAGUGGAAAGAUGUUUGGCUUUGGGUCCUCCAUUUUCAGCUCAGCAUCCAACUUGAUAUCAUCUGCUGUCCAGGAAGAAUCACGGACGACGCCUCCGGGCUCUCGUAAGAUGUCUGCGCCAGCACAGGUCUCUCCCAAAAUGUCUGUUGUGCCCAAGAUUUCUCCAAAAAGUACACCAACGGUUUCUCCAAAAAUGUCACCCAAAAAACUUGCUCAGAAGCCAGAGCAGGAGAAGAAACUAGAUGAGUCAAAACAGGUCAAAGAGGAAAAAGCUCCAGCACCAUCACCAAAAGCAGCAACAGUCUCACAAAUGGCUCCUGAUGCAGGUCAGACUACCUGUCCGCUGUGUAAAGUUGAGAUUAACAUCGGCUCCAAGCAACCUCCCAACUAUAACACCUGCACUGAGUGUAAGGCUGUUGUCUGUAACCAAUGUGGAUUUAACCCCAUGCCCAUAGGAGAGGUGAAAGAAUGGCUAUGUCUUAACUGUCAGAUGAAAAGAGCAGUUGGAGCUGCUGAGUCCCUUGGACCUCCCACACUGAAGCCCCAAACCUCACCCAAAAAACUUCCUUCACCUGUUGCAGUCCAGUUAAAGGAUUCUCCCAAACCAACUUCGCCUCAAAAGAAAGCCACUCCAGACCUUGCUGUACAGAAGAAUGAGACUUCAGAACCAGUUUCUCCACAGAGAAAACAAUCAACAGCUUCAGUGGGGUCAGGUAAAUCUGAACCUGCUCCUGCACCACUGAAGCAGGCCAGCCCAGCACCUGAUCGUAAAAUACCACAAGAAAAACAGAAAGCAGCUCCAGACAAACUGCCAGAUCAAGCAAGCCAAGCUGGGCGCAAGCAGAGUAAUGCCAGUACAGCAUCACAACAAGAGUCAGGGGGGCUUUUUGGUUUUGGUGGUCCUAAGCCUCAACCUGAGGCUGUGAAGCCGGCAGAGUCAGUGACCGGAAAAAUGUUUGGCUUUGGUUCUUCCAUUUUCAGCUCUGCAUCGACUUUGAUAACCUCAGCUGUUCAGGACCAGCCGAAGACCACGCCGCCAGUUUCUCCCAAGAUGUCUCCUGCAAAGGACCCCAAAUGUCCUGCUGUCAAGAAACCAGAAGAGGACAAGAAACCAGAGCAACCUCAGCAAACAAAGGGUCCAACCUCAGCACAGCCAAAAGCAGGUGAGAUCAAGUCUCCUGCUCUCCAGAAGUCAGAGCAGCAGCAGAAAGCAGAGCCAUCCCAGCAGACCAAAACACCUCCACCGGUACAGGCCAAAGUGGACAAAGCCCCAUCAGAACCUCCAAAGCCUUCAGCAGUUUCGCAAGAAGCUGUAAAACCAGACCAGUCCACCUGUCCACUCUGUAAGGUCAAACUCAACAUAAGUUCCAAGGAUCUACCAAACUACAGCACGUGCACUGAAUGCAAGAACACCGUCUGCAACCAGUGUGGAUUUAACCCUAUGCCAAAUGAAACAGGGGCGAAGGAGUGGUUGUGUCUCACCUGCCAGAUGCAGCGGGCUCUUGGAGCAGCGCAGCCACCAGAAGUCGCUUCUGUCAAUGCUCAGACACCUGCAAAACCCCAAAAGAAAGACAUUAGCAGCCCAGCUGAACCUGAAAAGAAACAAUCAUCAGCACCGCAGUCACCUCAGAGGAAACUAUCUGUAACAGCGCAGCCACCUAAAUCUGACACUACUGACAAGCCGGAGGUUCAGAAAAAGGCCAGCCCAGUUCCUUCUAAGAAAAUACCACAAGAGCCCCAGAAAACAACAGGUCCUAGCAAAUCACCAGAGCAGCUAAGACAAGCUGAACGUAAGCAGAGUAAUGCCACUGCAGCGACACAGAAAGAGUCAGGAGGCUUCUUUGGUUUUGGUGGUGGUAAAGCUCAGCCUGAAGCUGAAAAGCCGGCAGAGUCAGUGACUGGAAAAAUGUUUGGAUUUGGUUCUUCCAUCUUCAGUUCUGCAUCCACUUUAAUUACUUCCACUGUUCAGGACCAGCCUAAAACCACUCCACCAGUUUCUCCUAAGUUGUCCCCUGCAAAAGAAAUGAAAUCCCCUGCUGCCCAGGAGAAGAAGAAGCCAGAACAACCCCAGCAGACCAAGGCAUCUCCACAGGUGCAGGCCAAAGUAGAAAAAGCUCCAUCAGAGCCUCCAAAAGCUGCAGGAGUCACUGUGAAACCAGGCCAGUCCAGCUGUCCGCUCUGUAAGGCUGAACUCAACAUGGGGUCCAAGGAUCCGCCUAACUAUAAUAGGUGCACUGAAUGCAAGAACACCGUCUGUAACCAGUGUGGAUUUAAUACGAUGCCAAAUGAGUCAGAGACGAAGGAGUGGUUGUGUCUGACUUGUCAGAUGCAAAGGGCCCUCAAAGCAACAGAAUCAGUACAACCUCCGCUGAUGAAACCUCAAGCAUCACCCAGCAAAGUGCCUGCACCUGCCCAAAAGGAUGCCACUGCACAAAAAGCCGACGUUCCAGACAAAACUCAGAAGGACAGUCCAGCACCAAGUGCACCAGAAAAGAAAACGGACAUAACACAACAAUUAAUCACCGCCACACCACCAGCUAAAGACACUCCAGGUACUGCUUCAGCCUCAACAAAAGAGGAGAAACCUAGUGAGCCACCUGCCAAGAAGGUUCCAGCCAGCACGGCACCUCCAAGCAAAGAGACAGGGACUAAAGUUUCAGAUCCAAGUGCACCACUGCCUGCUCAAGCUCCUCCUGUCAUCACCAAUAUGGAAACUUCAAUUGAAAAGAAAAAGGAUCUCACUCAACCAAAUGUUUCUCCAACUAAAGCAGUACCAGAAAAGACAGAGGAGAAAGCUGAAACAGUUCAGCAAACAGCUGUUAAAUCAUCUGAUGAAGUACAGCCCCAACACGCCAAAGAGCCACAGCUAGUUGAAACAUCACUUGCCAAAACUGCUCCACCAGCAACACAGCCAGAAAAACAAGAAUCAGGAAGUUUCUUUAGCUUUGGUAGUCCUAAAUCUCAGCGUUCUGCUUCAAUAACAACUGAAGCGGUGACUGGGAAGAUGAUGGGAUUUGGUUCAUCAAUCUUCAGCUCAGCCUCAACUUUGAUAACAUCUGCAGUUCAGGAUGAGUCUCACACACCACCAAGUUCUCGCAAAAUGUCUGCUCCACCAGUCUCUGACAGAAAGUCAGAACUGCAGAUUUCUCCAAAGCCCAGCCCCCCUUCUUCUCCAAAGGUAACUACAGCAAAGGAGGUUAAGCCACAAACUGCUCAGAAACCAGAAAUGGAAAAAAUCCCGGCCCAAACUCAGGAGGCCAAAGCUGCUCCAUCAGGACUGACUAAAGUGGACAAAGCUUCAGUAGAGCCUGCAAAAACAGAAGCUUCCCAAGCUGCUGCAAAAGUGGGUCAAUCUACUUGUCCACUCUGUAAGGUGGAACUUAACAUGGACUCCAAAAAUCCUCCAAACUACAACACUUGCACUGAGUGCAAAACCACUGUCUGCAGCAAGUGUGGAUUUAGUCCCAUGCCAAGUGUAACAGAGGCGAAGGAAUGGCUGUGUCUCAACUGCCAGAUGCAGAGAGCACUCGGAGCUUCUGAACCUCCAGGUCUCCCCAUGAUAAAACCACAGCCUUCGCCAAGCAAAGAGGUUCCUGUCACCACAGAGAAGAAAGAAACCCUAACGUCAGCUACUCAGGAAGACAUUCCUAAGCCAAGUGCACCCAAAACUGCGCUUGCUGAAAUUGCUACAGCCAAAGAAACAGACGCCACGAAAGUUAGUGCACUAACAAAGAAAAUUACUCCAGCAGCUGCUCCAUUGCCUGAUAAAACUGUUCCAUCCACUAUCACAAAGACUGAUGUUUCUCCGGCUCCACAGAAACCUUCUGCAGAUAAGCCCAAACAGGCUGGAGCACAACAGACUCCAAAAGUUCAGACUACUUCCAAGCCUGCCGCUCCACAACCAGACACUGGAAAACCACCCACACAGCAGCCUCCAAAAGCUGGGACAUCUCCAGCUAAAUCUGCACCACCACCAGCUCAGCCUGCAAAACAGGAGUCAGGAGGCUUCUUUGGUUUCGGCGCUCCUAAAACACCACCUACCGCAGCAAAGUCUGCAGAGUCAGUGACAGGAAAGAUGUUUGGCUUUGGGUCAUCUUUUUUAAGCUCUGCAUCCACAUUAAUAACCUCAGCUGUCCAGGAUGAAUCGAAAACACCACCAACUCCUCGUAAGAUGUCCACAGCCAGCGUCUCUCCUAAAACCACACCUCCGGCCUCUCCUAAAACAGUACCUCCAAAGGACACCAAGCCGCCUGCCAUCCAAAAAACUGAAGAGAAGAAACCAGAGAAACCACAGCAGGAUAAGACUCCUCCAACAGUACAAGCCAAAGUGGACAAAGCUCCGUCAGAGCUGCACAAGGCACCAACCGACACCCAAGGUGCUUCAAAGGCAGAUCAGUCCACCUGUCCACUGUGUAAAGUCAAACUCAACAUGGGUUCCAAGGAUCUACCCAACUACAACACCUGCACGGAAUGCAAAACUACUGUCUGCAACCAGUGUGGAUUUAAUCCAAUGCCAAAUGUGUCAGAGGUAAAGGAAUGGCUUUGCCUGAACUGCCAGAUGCAGAGAGCCCUAGGAGCAUCUGAACCCACUGGACCUGCUGUAGUGAAACCACAACCGUCACCAGGCAAGGUUUCUGCACCUCAGAAGGAGAUGCCGGUAUUAGUCCAGAAGGAAAAGCCCACAGAACAUACAGAGGUGCAAAAAGAGGCCACUCAAACAACACUACCCAAAAAAGAAACCCCCAAAGCUGAGGCUUCGGUGCCAACUGCAGUCCAAAAGACAGACAAACCACAGCAAGACAUUGUGCAAAAGACGCAAGAGAUUUCAGGGACUCAACAAAGACAAGCCCAGGAUAAGGCUGGCCAGCAGAUACUGGUAGGAAAACCUCCACAAACUACAAAACCAGAAGUCAAACCAGAAGCUGGAAAGCUACCACAACAGCCCCCUAAAUCUGCGACCCCUCCUGCAAAAUCUGCACCACCACCAGCUCAGCCUACCAAACAGGAGUCAGGAGGCUUCUUUGGCUUUGGUGCCCCUAAAACACCACCUACUGCUGUAAAGUCUGCAGAGUCAGUGACAGGAAAAAUGUUUGGCUUUGGGUCAUCUUUCUUAAGCUCUGCAUCCACUUUAAUAACCUCCGCUGUCCAGGAUGAAUCUAAAACUACUCCACCAACUCCACGUAAGAUGUCCACAACAACCACACCUAAAACUACGCCUCCAGUUUCUCCCAAGAUGGCCCCUGCAAAGGAUACCAAACCACCUGUCACACAGAAAUCAGAGCCACCUCAGCAGGCCAAGCCUAUUCCAGCAGCGCAGGUCAAAGCAGAGAAAGCUCCACCUGAGCCUCCAAAACCUACGGAGGUUACCAAGGUUGCCCCUAAAGCAAGUCUGUCCACCUGUCCACUGUGUAAGGUCGAACUCAACGUGGGCUCCAAGGAUCCUCCCAAUUACAACACCUGUACUGAAUGCAAGAACACUGUCUGCAAUCUUUGUGGAUUUAACCCCAUGCCUCAUACAGGAGCGAAGGAAUGGCUGUGUUUGAAUUGCCAGACCCAAAGGGCUUUGUCAGGACAGCUGGGAGACUCAGGAAAAAUGUCUCAACCUUCACCUGUACCUGCCAAGGCAGAGACCCAGGCCACACCUGCAGCCAAAAAGGCAGAACCCAAAACUGCCCUCAUAAAGGCAGAGGAGAAACCUGGAGCCACAAAACCACAGCCUGUACCUGCCCCUAUCGAGGCAGUACCAACAGUUGCAACCACAAAAGCAAAGACAGAACCUACAUCUGUCAAGAUGGAAGCCAUGGCUACUGCAGCUUCCGUUCAAAUUGAACUUGAGACGACAAAGACACCCAAAAUAGCAAAGGUUUCACCUGUUAUAGCAGAGAAACAGCCUUUAGCGGCAUCAACAGCAGAACCAUAUAUGCCUCCCAUGGCACCUGUACAACAGGCAGAGGUAACACCAAAGGUUGAAGUGCCAAACACAGAUAUUCCCAAGACUGUAACUGUGGAAAACAAAAAAGAGGCAAUGAAAAUGGAUAUCAGUGUGACAGAACCUCCCAAAGCUCAAGAGUCUAAACCUGAUCUUCCAGAAGUGAAAGUUGAAUCAAGUGUGGUUACGACUUCUGCUACUCCGAUGAUCACAGCUACAGCUGUACCUACAGAAACUAUUGAGGCAGAAGCUCCAUCUGUAGUCUUUCCAGAGACUGAAACAAAAGCCCAGGUGUCUGUUCCAGAAAGGAGUAUUAAGGAGGUACAGCUUGAUGAAGAUAUCAAACUAACAAAGCCAGCAAAAUCUUUGCAACAAAUUGAGGUGCAUCCAACAACGCAAGAACAUCAGCUCACAUUAGAAGUACAACCUGUCAAAGAAGCUGAAAGCAAAGAAAUUGCUGAUAAGCUGGAUGAGAAGAUCACUGACAUCACCUCAGCUCCAGAGUCACAACCACCAAAGAAGAGCAUAAUUAUAAAAGAUCAAGAUGGAAACAAGGAAGAGUUAGAGAAAAAAAGAAAGGUGUCUCUACCUACUGGACAAGUUCAAUUGGAAAACAAAGUUGUCCCUGUAACAACUAUUAAGCCUGCAUCGAAAGAGGAGCAUGAAGAUCAACCCCAGAUUUUCCCUGUAAUACAGGAAUUGAGUGAUGAGCAGGCAGUUAGUGAUGCAAGGAAAAAUGACAUAAAUACAGAUGUAUCCAUUCCAGUAAAGGAGGAGGUUAAAGCUGAGAGAAGGCGCUUAAGUUUCCAAGCAAUGGAUGAUAGCAGUGAAAGUGAGCUCACACCCUCACCAUCCCCUAAAGUCCAGAGGAGGAGGCUAAAGGUGAGCCCUGUUUCAUCCAGCAGUGAGGACAUCAAAACUGAAAGCGCAGACUCCUCUGUUGAAGAUGAAGAGUUCAUUCGCAAGCAGAUAAUGGGUAUGGGUGAUGAAGAAGAAAUGUCUGUAUCUGAGGAGGAGAAAGAAAAGAUUUCAGCAAAUGUACAGGCCGUCAAGGAAGUUGAGCUUGACAAUACUUCAGUGCCAUCCAAAUCACUGCCUAGAAAAGGUAGCACAGAUAAUGAAGACAGUCCAGCCAGGAAAAAAUCUCUCCCAAAAGCUGACACUGAAACUGCUGAAAAUGUUCCUGAAACAAUGCCCAGGACUACUUUCAAGAAAGCUACUCCAGCCAUGCGACAGAGACAAAGCACUGAUGAAGAGGUAGAGAGCAUCACAGAAUCCCUGUCAAAGGGUUCAUCUAGUGUUCAGGCAUCUAGCUUUACUCCAGGAUCUUCACCAACAUCAGCCUCGUCACUGGAGGAGGACAGUGAUAGCAGCCCCAUUCACAAGAAAGUCAGUGGGGACAAACACCACCGCAAAGGUAAACACAGGCAGCCAACUCAACCUCUCCCCACCAUUGAGGACUCCUCUGAAGAAGAGCAGAUGAGGGCUCAUGGUCAACCACUGUCUCCACCAGGAGAUGCUUCCUCCACAGAGGAUCUGAGACAGGUUACCGUAAUAGAUGAAAGCCACAGAACAUCUGGCUCUGAGUACUCUGCUAGUAUAGAAUCAGAACCAGAGGUCAAGCGAGCUGUGCAGAGGGGACGUAAACCCUCACCAACAGUUAUACCAUACAAUCCUGAUCCAUUUGAAGAGAAACAAACUGUGACAAAGUCAUUGAAGAGUGCUGAAGAAGCAUAUGAGGAAAUAAUUCAAAAGACAAAAGCUAUUCCAGGAGAGAGCCCUCCUGAUAUUGAGCCACUUUAUGGGGGAAUGGCCAUAGAGGAUUAUCUUUAUGAAUCCUUAGUUGAGGAGCCUGAGAUCAAGAUGAGCGAAUCCCAAGAGGAAGAACCCAAAUUAGAUACUGGCUCUGAAUCUCUCAAAAAGCUCAGGUCUCCAGAGGAGGUUUAUGAGGAGAUGAUGCAGAAAAAGAGAGAGCUGAUGAUGAUAGAGCAUGAAUUUCAACAGGCCCAGACUGCCAUGGAAUCUUCCUCAUCAGGAGCUUCAGUCACUGGGUCAAUUGCUGAGACCUGUGUGGUGACCAUACCAACAGAAGAGACAUAUUUCACUGGACAAACUGAUUUACCUCCUGCAGACACUGCCUCUUUGAGUGAAGUGCCAAUGAAGAAAAAGAAACGACCAGCACCUCCACGUCCUUCUGAACCCCCAAAGCGCCCGGAGGUUACUGUUCAUCCCAGUACUCCAAGUGGAUCUAUAGGUUUUGUUAGACCUAUGGUUCCUCUAGAUCCUGCACUUAGAAAGGCAUUGUUCCCCAUACCAGACCUCAAGAUUACCCAGUGUUCAUCUGGGGAGGAAGAGGAUGACAGUCUUGCAGAUGAGUAUGGCAUUGGUAUUUCCUCUGACAUUACCCCCAGUGAUGACUCUGAGACUAAAGAUGAUCCGUCUAUAAGUCCACCAUUGUCUGAAUCUACUGAUAUGGAGCCAAUCAGUGUGAUCUGUGAAAUCCCAGAGCCCAAACCAAUUCCAACUCCAAUAUCUGCCCCAGAACUAACUACGACACCUUCCCCUGUAUCACCAAUGUCACCGCCAACUUCACCAGCCACUCCUGAUUCCAGUUUGGCUUCUAAUGCUACGUCUUCAUCAUCAUUCCAGGCUCAAACACCUAUUUCAUCAGAUUCAACUCCACUGUCUACACCAACACCACCAACUUCAUUUAAAGGCCAGUCACCUCCAGAGAUCCCAUUGCCUGCCACAAUUGCCGCAGUGCCAUCUGCAGCAUCUUCCACUUCAACCACAGUUAUAGUUACAAUACCAGAUGUAGUUUCUCAUCCAUCCAAAGGUCAAACAACUGUGGUAGUUCAAGAUAAUAUUUCUACAGCUGAAGCCCCAAGUCCAGCCUUAGCGGAGAUGUCUACUGCUGUACCUCUUGUGGUCCAAAUGCCAGACUUAGUUUCGUCUCCAUCUCAGGUUCCUAUUAAGUUUCCAGCUGUGCAGGUUGCAGCACCAAGUCCAGCACUUGUCGUCUCAACUCCACCUAUAGCUCAAGUUACAGCUCCAGUUGUUUCGGUGUCUGCUUUAACUUCAACUAAUAUUAUUCCUACUUCUGUUGCUUUGGCCUCUUGCCCUGAGCCAGUCAUAGUCCAGAUGCUUGACCUGGUUUCAACUACAGCUCCAAUCUCUGAACAAACUCCUGUACCAGUUUCAGCACUGAUAACUACCCCUGCUCAAGCUCAAGCCCAAGCCAAAGUGGUACACUCAGUCUCUGUGCAGUCAGCUCUUCCAUCAAUGAGUCCGGUAGUAGUCCCAGCUCCAGCUCAAACUGCCCAGGUGUUACCACCAGCUCCAGCAUCAACUACCAUAGUCAAAAAGAAGGUCCCACCUCCCCCUCCCCCUCGGUCUACUUCAGUAUCACUACCUGACAGUAACACAGAGCAGCCUUCUGCAAAGAAUGUUCAGCAAGUCACCCCGACAACAUUAGCUAUGAGAAACACAGUGGCUAGCCAACCAAUGCAGUCGGUUGUUGUGGAUAUACAGCCAAGAAUGGACAUCAUACCACCAAAUAGUGUAUCUGUACCUCAGGUAGUUACCUCAAACAGACAGGGGCAUGUAGUAAUCAUAGUGCCCAGUGUGGAAAAAAUGUCUUUGUCUGGACAAAACACACAAGACAUAACUGGCACAGCACCAACAGCUUCCACUGCUUCUCCUCCACAUAGUAAUCAAGAAGCCACACGCCCUGCUUCAGAUAUACCCAGCACAGAUAUACCUUCACUAUCGACUAAGAUGACUGCAGUGCAAGUAGCUUCAGCUCCACCGCUUCCACCUAAACCUAUAGCCAGAACAAAAGCUGUACACACAGUGGAAGUAACUGGAGAUUCAACUCCACCAUCACCCAAACCAACACCUUAUCCAAAACCACCAGUUGCCACUGCAGCGACAAUUGGUACAUCAACCGUAGCACCAGUCUCUGUUACAACAACUGGCCCUAGUCAAAUCACAAAGCCUCCUCCACCCAUACCACCUAAACCUAUAUCAAUUCCAGCUGGACUGGUUUUUAGCCACAAGCCAGGAGAGAGUGUCAAGCCACCCCCUCCUCCUGUGGCCCCCAAAGCUGCAACACUGCCCCGGACGAAAGAACCUCCAAGUGCUCUGUCACUUAGCCUGACACGUCCUGUGGAGUCAAAGUUGGGUACAACAUCUCCUAAAUCACCUUUGUCUCCGAGACAUGCCAAAUGUUUACAGACCUAUGUAGUGAUAACUCUUCCAUCUGAGCCUGGCUCACCAACAGAGGCCAUAACAGUCCAGGCACCUGUAAGACGAGGGUCCAUCCCAUCUACAAAAGUGUCUGGGGUACGGACCACACCGUCAGAGCAGAAAACACCCACUGAGGCAUUCUCAGCACAAGCUGCAGUAAGGAGAGCCUCUGUCCCCACUGUAAGACAUCCACCUCCAAUGCCUGUAUCUCCAGUGGGGGUAGUAGAGAAAACUACAACCUCUGACGUUGUGAUGGCUAAAGUGCAAGCCAAGAAAGAAGCUGUGCCCUCUGUAGUGCAAGUACCAGUCUCCGUCACUGACGCUAUUGCCGUUGUAGUGUCAACAGAUCAGGACACCUCCAUUCAGGCACAGACAGUACCUCCUCCAAUUAAGAAACCAUAUGUACAACCACAGCAAUCAAUGACUCAGCCAUUACCACCACUUAAAACAAUGACUGAGAUCAUCACAGUGCCUGCAGAGCCAAAGGUUCUUAUUCAGCCAGUUACAGUCCAAGCCAUGGCAAGAGAACAGUCUACACCAUUUGUUCCUCAGCAUCCAAGCAUAGCCACAGUAGUCAUAACUCAUGCACCAGAGGAUUUACCUGAAGCAGUGGUUCCUCAGCUCCCCCAAAUAACUGCACCUGUGCAGCCAGAGCCUCUGACUGAAGUUGUUGCUGUACCAGUGCAGCCUGGAGUACCUUUAGAUGCACUGGUCAACCAAGAUAGAUCAGCUGCACUCCAAUCAACUGUUCUUUAUCCAGAAGAUGCAACACAAAUAGAAAUGCUACAGGAUGAACAGGAUAUACCUACUGAUGUCAUUGUCACAGAGGCUGUUCCGAAAAGACAGUUAGUACCAGAACUGAAUCAGCAAAUUGCUGUUGAACAGCCACUAACAAUAUAUGAAUCGAUGACACACUCUCAAGAGCAAGAAUUUCCACCUAGCUUUUACAAUACUGAAACCAUUUCCGAACUCUCAUCAGUACCACAAACAGUUCAGCUGUAUGAAGUUCCUCCUACAGUGACAGAGCAGCUAUCGACACAACAACCUGCUCUUGUAACUGAAGUAGUGACCCUCCCUUCAAAGUUUGAACUACCCACAGAGGUUAUUACAACUGACACUGUUGUUAGAAUACCAGAAGUAGCAACAGUAUCUCCACUACCUCAUACAUUCCCUGUAGUAGCUGAAGUUGCUCCAAUUUCUGAAGUUGCAGAGUUAAUGCCACUAACUACAGAUGCUAAGAUAAUAAUUCCUCCAACUGCUCAAGUAACACCUGGACCUGUAGUAAUGGAAGAUGAACAAAUGGCAAUACACCCAGAUAUACAUCCUGUACCUUGUUAUACUCCACAGGUCUAUGAAGCAAUUAAUCCUUCUGUGAUGUCACAUUCAGUGCCUCCUCUGGAGGUCAUAGCUUUGCAGACUGGACAUGAGACACCCACAGAGAUUAUAACAAAGGAUGUGGAUGUAAGAAGACCUUCAGUACCAACAUCAGCAAUACAACCACAGACAGUGGCUGGGAUGCCAGUUAUUACAACUGAGGAAACUACCCAUAGGAGGAGGACAUCCAUAUCAUCCAUAGUACAGCCACCAUACACUACAACUGAGAUAUUUACUUACCCUGCAGAGUAUGACAUAUCCAAGCAAGUGGUUACAACUGAGGCUUUUGCUGCCACCAGGAGAGAAUCCAUAACCAUGCAGCAAUCAUUACCAUUAGCACAGGUAGCAAAUGUACCGACUGAAAAAGUUGUUCCUAUUGAUGGGUAUCCUGCUCAGGCCCCCUACAGGAGAGAGUCAAUUCCUUCAGCAGAACAGCAUGUAUUGACUUACUCAUCAGAAUAUGACCACCCACUGGAGACAAUAACCACUGAGGCGUACACCAGGAGAACCUCAAUGCCCACUGUGCAGGACAUUCCACAGGGUAUAUCUGUGGCUCCGGUCACCAUCACUAAAAUUCAGCAAGAGUCUAUUGAGAGCCAAGAGAUUAGGGGACCAGAAAAAGUGGUCUCCAGUAUGAGUCACAUGUAUUCUUCUUCCAUUUCCACCUCAGGCCAGCCUCCUGAAAGCCUACCUAGCCUUGUCACUCAGGUAGUCACUACUGAGGUCCAGAGGACCACUGUCUCUGUUGUUCAUGAACGACUCCCACAGGUUCCUCCACCAAGUGUAGCAAUCACUAUACAACCAGACAUUGCUAAAGUCCAACCUGUGCCCAAACAGAAUGGCAAAAUAAUCUAUCCUGGUGAUGUUAUUGAUUUGCGCACUAUGAAGGUUGGCAUAAAGAUGACUGAUCAAGGCAUGGACCUCACUCCACCUGAGUCAUGUCGACAGUCUUUUUCAAGUGAUUCCAGUGGGCGUCAAAUCACAGCAGUACAGCCUGAGAUAGUAAAUCUUAGUGCAGAGAUCACCCCUGCAACCACACUGUCUGUUGUCACUGACAGCAUCACAAUAGUCACAUGCACAGCUACCAUUGCAUCAUACAACAACACUCCAGCAGAGAAACCACUUGAUUUGCAGGGUCCUGUUAUGUCAUUGCCUCUACCUCUCACCACAUACAAACCAUUCGAACCACUCGCACAGAUCGUAUACAGACCUGUGAACUCCCAACCCAAGCUUAGUGCUGUAGCAUCUACAGCUCAAGACAUACCCAUUAAUCUUUCCUUGGAAGCUCUUGUCUCCUCUGGAGGAAAACAGCCAAUGACUACAGCCCCCACAGUUAUCAGCAACGGUGGUCCUGUCCUCUCUCUAGAGGCCACAGGAGCAAUGGAUCUAUCAAACUACAGACCAGUAAGAGCUAUGGUAGCUUUGUCUGGUACAAGCCCAGGAGUGGUAACCACUGUUGUAGAAGAUGAUGGGACUCCAGUGGACCUUACAGCUGGUAGAAGGAGCGUGUGCUGUGAUGUCAUUUACAAGCUACCAUUUACAGGAAGCUGCAGGACUCAGCCUCCAGUUACAACCCAGCCCGACAACCGUUUUGGAUAUAGAGAUGACCACUAUCAGUAUGAGAAUGCUGGAAUGUAUGGUAUAAAAGGAAUGAAUGGUAUAAAAGCAUCAAUGUCUGACACUAACCUCACAGAGGCCGGACUGUUCCCCUAUGAUCCCAAGAAUGACUAUGACUACCUCAGUGGAUCUUCGGAUGGCGCUAUAGACCUCACUGCUGCUAAAAUUUCUGCUGGUAAAGCACUAGACUACACUAGCAAAGCUGCUGGACUCUAUCCUGCGAUGACUACUGCUCCAUUCUCCCAGGUCCCUGCAGCUGGAUUUGGUGUAAAUAGUGUUCUAAGAACCUCAGAUGGAAUCGUUUACUCCUCUGUUGCUGCCCCAGUUCCAUCAACAUAUGCAAUUACAACUCAACCAGGCUCUAUCUUUAGCACUACCUUAACACCUACAUCAUUAAUCCAGAACCAGUCAGUUCCACAUCCAUAUGGCUUCAUUCCUACUACAGAUCCAGGACAAAUAAUUCCUUUUGACACUGACCUAUCUAAGGAGCUUCUACCCACUGCUUUGGCUGACAUUAUAACUGGCUAUCCUGACAUGUACUCAGACACUACCCUGGAAGCAAUUGCUGCCUCUCUGGAUGCCUUAGCUUCUUCUCCAAUAUUCCCUGGCUUGGACAACACAAAAAUGGCCCAGUAUCAGAUGGAGAGGGAGUUCCUAGAGCUAGAGAAGCUUAAGCAGCUAUGUCUUGCUGAGGAGCUGGAGUGGGAAAGGCAGGAAAUACAGCGUUACCGAGAACAAGAGCAGCUUAUGGUGCAAAGAGAGCUUGAGGAACUUCAGGCUCUGAAACAGCAGCUUCUCCUACAACAGGAAGAGGAGCAUCAUGCCCACAUGGUGGCCCAGCAAGAGACCUAUGCCCAGCAGAAAGAGCAGUUGCAGCAAAUCCAACAACUCCAACUGCAGCUCCAGCGGCAGCUAGAUGAGCAUUAUGGCACGACUGGUACCACAGGCAACCUCCUAGAUGCUAAGUAUGCAGGAGUAGGUGACAGUGGCCAGUACUGGCCUGUCAAAGAUGAGUCUACAGUUCCAUCUGUUGGGACACAUAUAGAGGAAGAUCAAAACCAGCUUAAUCUAUUAAACAAGCUUCAAGCUGAUCAAGACACAGGGAAAAAAAUAAUUGAUAGUGGAGUGCAGACAGAUGAUGAAGACUCAGCAGAGAAGCAGCAUGUGGGCAGGAGAAAGAAGAAUAAGAGAAAUAUUGAUAGCUCAGCUCAAACUGAUGAUGAGGACCAAGACGAAUGGGAUGCUCCCACAAAAGCUCGACGACGCUCUCGAAAGCAUAGCAGUGAUGGAAAACAUGGCUCCAAGGUCUCUAGUAUUGCUAUCCAGACAGUGGCAGAGAUAUCUGUCCAAACUGACCACUCUGGAACUAUCAAACGACCUAAUGUUCAGAUGGACACAAAGGUAGAGAUCAUUAAGCAUAUAUCAGCUCCAGAGAACUCUCAGAGAGGUGGUAGUCUGAGCUGUCAGACAGACUCAGACAGAAGGCACACACCCAUUGAAUUGGGCUACAGCACACACCUAACAGCAGACGUCCCCUCGAAGUCUAAAGUUUUCUACUCCCAAGUCUCCCCCAUGUCUCCAGAAAAGUCACUUGGAGGGCAGAGAAUGCUGACUGCUGACCCAACCAGAUUUUCCUCCGGCCCUCGGAUAUUGAAGGCCGGUCAGAAGUCUCUAUCUGAUCCAAAAUCCCUUAGUCCUUCCACAGACGACAGGAUGGGUGGAUACUAUGCAGACAGCUAUUCUGGUCGAGGGUCUACCUCCAGCACAGGUAAGAAGGUAAAGCGGACGCUACCAGACCCCCCUCCUGAGGAUGACUCUUUGACGGGACGGUCAGGCUACAGCACCAACUCUGCUCGUCGCCGCCUUGCCCGCAGUACAACAAUGGCACGGGCAAAGAUUCUGCAAGACAUUGACAAGGAGCUUGACCUAGUGGAGAGAGAAUCUUCUAAACUUCGCAAAAAACAGGCUGAGCUAGAUGAAGAGGAAAAGGAGAUUGACGCCAAGCUACGGUAUCUGGAGAUGGGUAUCAACCGCCGUAAGGAGGCCUUGCUGAAGGAGAGAGAAAAGAGAGAGAGAGCUUAUCUCCAGGGGGUGGCGGAGGAAAGAGACUACAUGUCAGACAGCGAGGUUAGCAACAUCAGAGAAGCCAGAGGAGAUGGCCUUGAGAGACCACGGACGGCUCCCCAGUCGGAAUUUGACCAAUUCAUCCCCCCACAGACAGAAGCUGAUUCACAGUACAACACAUUAACUAGUCCCUACUCUCACUAUGCUCAGUAUGUUCCCCAGACCCAAACCACCAGCCACUACACCCAACAGAACCUGUAUCAGCAGCAAUCCCUUUAUCAUCAACAGGUGUCUCCUUACCCAACCCUAUCCCUCUCCCAUGCCCAGGGUCAGCCUAGCAGCUACCAACAUGCCUUGCUUUUGCAGCAGGGAAAGCAGCGACAAACAACCCUGUCAGAUUUAGAGCCUAAAAUCACCACCAAUUAUGAAGUGAUACGCAACCAGCCUCUGCUCAUUGUGCCAACCUCAACAGAAAGUGGGUAUGGGGUGGCACACCUUGGGGGCAAGUAUGGCAACUUGGACUUGAGGCUAGGACUAGAGGAGAGGAGCAUGGCCUCUAGUCCCAUGUCCAGCAUUUCUGCUGAUUCUUUCUAUGCUGAUAUUGACCACCAUAAUGCCAGGAACUACGUGCUGAUAGAAGACAUAGGCGAGCUGACCAAGACUUCAACAGGGCUGAGCAACACUGGCUUGGGUUCUGGAUUCAACCUGCCUGAUAAGGAGUUGUCCAAGGCAGACAGACUACUCAGGGCAGCAGAAGUCAGACGCACAGCAGAGGUGGCAGAAUUUUUAGGCUCAUCCCGGCUUCAGGGAUAUGGUAAAGGAGAAGAUGACACAAUGGAGGAACCCUAUGAGCUGAAGCUACUGAAGCAGCAGAUCAAACAGGAGUUCAGGCGAGGAACUGAGGGACUGGAACACCUAACUGGCCUGGGCCUGCCCCAGUACCUACCCAGUGAUGGCAGUUUUCGCCACUUCCCUAAAGGAGAGAAAUAUAGCAUUGGCAGGCUCACUCUUGAAAAACAGGCUGCAAAGCAACUCCCAGCAGCUAUGCUUUACCAGAAACAGAUGAAGAACAAAAAAGCUCUAAUAGACCCAAAAGCCAUUACCAAAUUUUCCCCGAUUCAGGAGAGCAGGGACCUUGAACCUGAAUUUGGCAGCUACAUGGGAUCUGGUGCCUCGUCUGUGUCCAGUCUGGCUGCUAGGGCUAGGUUGCUUCAGGAUGAGAUUACAUUUGGGCUAAGAAAGAACUUGUCUGAGCAACAAAAAUAUCUAGGCUCCUCUCUAGGGGCCAACCUAUCUGGUUCUCUUAAUCUUGGGCAGUCCCUUGGACUGGGAUCCACUAUCAGAGCAACUGUUCAGGAUGAUGGCACCUACCCAAGUGGCACCCGUUCCCGCCCCUCUUCUCGCCCCUCAUCCCGCCCUUCUUCUGUUUAUGGCUUGGAUCUAUCUAUCAAGAGAGAUCUAUCCAGUUCCUCACUUAGACUUAAAACAGAGGGAGAGGUCCUGGAUGCAGCAUUUGCCCCUGGUGUAGCCAGAGCAAAGCCCACCAGUUUACCUAUCAGCCAAAGCCGCGGCCGUAUCCCCAUUGUGGCUCAGAACUCUGAGGAGGAAAGCCCUCUGAGCCCUGUGGGGCAGCCUAUGGGUAUGGCUAGAGCUUCAGCUGGUCCUCUCCCUCCCAUUUCUGCUGACUCCAGGGACCAGUUUGGGUCUAGCCAUUCCCUGCCCGAGGUACAGCAACAUAUGAGGGAGGAAUCUCGCACACGUGGCUAUGAUCGAGACAUCGCAUUCAUCAUGGAUGACUUGCAAGGCGCCAUGUCUGACAGCGAAGCACUAAGUGAGUCCAUGCUGGUUUUGAACAGAGAUGAUGCCAGAAUCUUUCAUGAAAGUAUCAGACACGCUGGAGGCCCAAACUGGAAUAUAGAAGCCUACCACUUGAGGAGAGAGGACACAGAUUGGUUUGAUAAGCCAAGAGAAGGCCAUCCUCAAAGUGGAAGCAUGUCAGACAGGAGACAGAUGAAACUGGUCCCUUAUGCCUUCCCUCACACUCGCAUCAAGCUUAAGAGAGACUUGAAGGACACCAGUGUGUCAGGGAAUGGACUUGGGAUCCGUGUGGUAGGUGGAAAGGAGAUUCCGGGGAGCCGCGGAGAGAUUGGAGCCUACAUUGCCAAGGUCAUCCCUGGUGGUGCAGCUGAGCAAACAGGCAAAGUUGUGGAGGGAAUGCAGGUGUUGGAGUGGAACGGGGUCCCUCUAAUGGGAAAGACUUAUGAAGAAGUGCAGUGCAUCAUGGGCCAGCCAUGUGCCGAGGCGGAGCUCUGUGUGAGACUCGACCUUAAUAUGCUGUCUGACCCUGAGCACCCACAAGCCCUGGAGCACCAUGUCCAGCUUAAGGCUGUAGGUGGGCAGCGUUCUCCUGGUGUGGAUCCUAAGCAGUUGGCUGCCGAACUGCAGAAGGUGUCCCAGCAGCAGGCUCCUGGUCUGGCAGGGGCAGGUGUUGGACCUGGAGGUUUAGGCGUCCUCUCUGCUUUGGAGCGUUCUGCCCUCCUUCACUCGGGCACCGGAUCAGCAGCUUCCAGUGGGGUGCCAAGCCCCGGUCAGCCUGCAUCCCCUGCCAUAAACAAGAAACAGCGACACAAGCCGGCAGAGAUGAUGAGAGUGCCUCAUCCCAUCACAGGAGAAAUUCAGCUCCAGAUCAACUACGACAGAAACCUAGGAAAUCUGAUCGUCCACGUCCUGCAGGCUAGAAACCUGGCCCCGAGGGACAAUGACGGCUACUCUGACCCUUUUGUGAAGGUCUACCUUUUACCUGGGCGAGGCCAAGUCAUGGUUGUCCAGAAUGCAAGUGCUGAUAACAAGAGAAGGACCAAGUAUGCCCAGAAGACCAUGAACCCAGAAUGGAACCAGACUGUCAUCUACAAGAACAUUCAUUUAGAGCAGUUAAAGAAAAAGACGCUGGAGGUGACAGUGUGGGACUAUGACAGAUCCUCCUCCAACGACUUUCUUGGAGAAGUGCUGAUUGACUUGUCGAACACUGCCCAGCUUGACAACACUCCUCGCUGGCUGCCUCUGAAGGAGCAGAGUGAAAGCAUUGAACACAGCAGAGCCCACCAUGCAGCCCAAGGCCCUCCAGGGUCCGGAUCAGGUCUGGGACAUGGCCCAGGGCAGGGCCACACGCCAGGGCCUGGACAGGGGCAUGGAAUGGGACAGGGUCAAGCACCAGGGCAAGAUUUAAGUCAUGAUUCACCUAAAAAUUCUGUAAUCAAGAGCAGAAGCCAUGGAAUCUUCCCUGAUCCAGCCAAAGACAUGCAAAUGAUGCCUUUGGAAAAGUCACACAGCAGCCCUGGCAGCUCCAAGUCUUCCUCAGAUGGGCAACUGCGCUCCCAUGGCCCCUCCCGAAGCCAAAGCAAGAGCAGCGUCACUCAGGCCCACCUAGAGGAUGCUGGGAUAGCCAUUGCUGCUGCCGAGGCUGCCGUGCAACAAUCCCGCCUGCAACCAAGACCAGGACACCGGCUAGGUGACGUCUCAGGGUCAGUGGUACUGUCUGCCCCGAGUCUUGUCGGAGAGGCCUAUGGAGGUCUGGAUGGGGAAGAAGGGGCGGACACUGGAGUGGACAGUGCCAUUUUUCAAGUGCCACGAAUUGGAAAGACUAUUCCCAACGGCACUGACAAAACUCAGCUGGGGACUGCAGAAAAUGAAGGUGGUAAAACACAAGUAAUGGGGGAGAUCAAGGUUGCUCUCAAGAAGGAGGUAAAGACAGAAGGGGACCAACUGGUUUUAGAGAUCCUUCAAUGCAGGAACAUCACUUAUAAGUUCAAAAGCCCGGACCAUCUACCAGACCUGUAUGUGAAGUUGUACGUGGUGAAUGUGGCCACUCAGAAGAGGAUCAUCAAGAAGAAGACCAGAGUUUGUAGACAUGACAGGGAGCCGUCUUUUAAUGAGACCUUCAGAUUCCCACUCAACCCAACUGGACACUCCAUACAGCUUUUCUUGGUGUCUAAUGGAGGGAAGUUCAUGAAGAAGACCUUGAUAGGAGAAGCCUACAUCUGGCUGGACAAGGUGGACAUGAGGAAGAGAGUGGUCAGUUGGCACAAGCUGUUCGUCAGCUCCACUCAGACCAACCCCUGAGCACCACACCAAAAAGAUGCAAAUGCAAUAGAUCAGCAAAAGAUGAACAUAGAGUGUGUUGUUCAAGGAUGCAUAAGAGAAAAGGAAGGAGAGGAAAUUAAAAAAAGAUUCAUAUAAUUUAAUUCCUCAGUUUAUAAAUCAUUAGAGGAGGGGAAUUGUGCGCUAAUAACAUUUGCAAUUUUAUCAGUCCAACACUGCCGGCACACAUGUCCACCUCCUCCCAUGAUGAGUCUCUGCUGACUUUGGACUUUGCUUGUAGGAUGCGAAUGUGCAAACACCAAGGCAGGCACUGACACAUUCUCAACAGCAAUAUGGCUUUGAGGACAAUGAUGUCUUUUCUAACCAUGGUUCCAAUUCCGCAACCCACACGAGACAUUGCUGUUUUGAUGCCGCGCGACUGAGCUAACAUAUCUAUCAGAGCGGAAGACGAAAAAAAAAAACAGAAUCAUUAGUGGAAUUGUGUUUCUUCACAAGGGUCAUUGUUGUGAUAUGAUGAUUGUGAUGUGUGUGGACAUCAGUGGUCUUGAAAUGUGAAAUGAUGGAGGAAUGCAUAAUAUUUUUUUGUAUGCUAGUCUUUCGGUUUCAUGUAAAAAAGACGAAAAAUAAACAACGAAGCCUAUUUAGAACUGAAUCAGACGGCUGACCUUUGCAAUGAGAUGAUUAAAUGUACAGCACUUCUGACUGUAGAUAACCCACAUGCAGAUUACAGAACAUAUCAGAGAAUCGCAUUGUACAGUGUGAUGUUUAUAUAAUAUACAAAGAUAUAAGAUGCAGAAUAUAUCUAAAUACAAGAUACAAUAUAAGAGUUGUUCUCUUGUUACUAGACUCUAUAUGAGAAGACAUAGAAAGCAGUCUUUGAUAGAUUGAGGCUGAGGGAGGCGCACUGACAAUCCAGUAAUCUUGGGCAGUAGUAGGCCAGUCUUAAUAACUAUUACGUGAAUGUGGACCUAUGUGAGCUCAAGGAUGUUCAGAAUCAUGUUGGAGAGCUCCAUCGGUCUUCUGAUCAUAGUGAUGCACCGCUAUAACGAACAGGGCUGUGAUCAAAUCAAAUAAAAUUCAAGGUCAAUGUCAACAUCCAGUGACAGAUUACUAUUUCACUAGCAUGACAUUGUGAGGCAGGUUUGAAUUACAAUAAAAAUGAAUGGCAUCUUGGGCUCCGAAGCUCAAAGCACAUGCUGUGUUGAAUGUUACAAGCCAACUGCAGAGGAUGACAAGAGUCUAUCACAUCUGUGUCAUGUGUGCAGCAUUUUUGCUUUAAGGCUGUUGUAGUGGCUCCGAGUUUGUUAAUAUUUCGUUAUGUGUAGCCCUUCAUGUUAUCACACCGUUGAUAUGGACGUGUAAUUCCCACAAGUCGUGUCAAAACCAUAUGUAGAUCUGCAACUGUCAUUACCUCAGUAUGACAGCUCUACUGUCUGUGUGUUAGUAAAGCCCUCCGAUCUGAGUUUUACCCAAAAAUAGUUUCAAACUGAAGAAAAAAAAUAUUCUUUCCAGUCAAAUGUCAAAGUUCCUCUGUGUGUCUGGCUGUGCUGUAAAACACUCUACUGUUGUGUGUCAGUGACUCCCAUUACAACACAGUGAACCAGCCUCUUUCACUGCCUGUGACCAAAACACACACUCAGGCCCACCGGGGUUCAGUCAUGCUGAUGGUCAGAAGAACACAUGAGGCUGAGUCUCAACACUGUAGUGUGAGCAGGUGACCCAUGUGUUCAACUGGAUUCAUCUUGUAAUGUUUUUCUGCCAUAUCUCCAGAAUGAAAAAAAGCGUAACCCUCAGAAAUAUUGUCAGUGUAUUUAGGCAUAUCACAGGGCUGAUGCAACUUCUUAACAUUGGAAGCAACAAACGCACUUAGAGCAAGAUGUCUAUCGUCACCUAUAAUAAACUUUUAGCAAAGGAAAAGAAACAAAAAAAGAGAAUUAUAAGGACGGAAUCAUGGUCGUUUUAUCAAUGUUGAUAAUUAUUUUGCUGUGCCAACCUAGAUUUAUUUUUAAAUUCUUCUUCUUUUUUUUUUAUUCCAAACGCAUUGGUUCUUUUAAAGCAAUUCUAUGCAACAUAUGUGUUUGAAUAAAUUUAUGUUUUUGGAAUUUAACCUUUUAUCUGUGAUCAUAUGAUCUUAAACUAUGUCUUAUAGAAAAUAACUUUGAUUUGUACACCACUGAAAGAAAAUAAUAAAUAUAUUGAUUUUUUACUGAUUUUAAUAUAUAUUGAUGUUAACAUCUGUUAACAGCUACAUGGAGCUUGUGCACUUUAUUAUUAGAUUGUUUAUUUUGUUGUCUCAUUUUAACUAUCACGACAUGCAAGAUCAUGUGUUUUGUGUUUCUGCACUGAAAUGAGUCACGGUGUAUGUGGCGGCAGAAAAAUAUUGUGGUGUGCAUUUUGUAUCUAUGUGGCAAAAAGAAAAACAUGCAGACACGUUGGGGUUCCUAAACACAAUGCACAAUCUGGGGGGGAAAUCACCCUUAACUACAUCAUGCUCAUAGUGUACUUAACAGUUUGUGUACACAGUACAGUAAAUAAGACAUAUUAUCUCAAUGCUCAGUCACGACUGUUUAACCCCUCGUGUUUCAUCAGACUUCCUCCGAGCUUAAAUCUGUUUGUUUAGAUCAGCUGUUGCCUGUAAUCGUGAAUCCAUUCAUUUGUUGUUGUUCUGAGGGGUGUGAAUGUGACUCAAGUUGUUUGACAUGUGUACAUAAAGUGUUUAUUUUCUACAAAGACUGAAUGUUUAUAUUGUCCGAAGUUUGAGCAUGUGAGUGUUGAAAAAAAAAAGAUCACUUAUAACUGUACAGCAAUGCGUGUCUAUAGUUGUAUAAGGGGAGUUGACUGUGUAAUCAAAACAUGUGCUGUCAACCAAUGACUAUCUGUGCAACUACGUCCCGUAAACUGCAGAAACAACACAAAGGGAAAAAAAAUCUAUUCAACUUCAAUAGUUGUCUGAAACUUUAUGUUUUGGAUGUUGCAUGUUUUGUUGAUGGUUUGUCAGUAUAUUUUGCCUAAAGAUUAUGUUUAAAAAGAGAGAGAAUAUGUAUAGAUUUAUCUGUAUGCUGAGUGUAAAGAAAUAUGCUUGUAAAAUUGUCUUGUUUUUCCACUCAGUGUAAAAACAAAGCAUAUAAUGUUAUGGUUUUGUGGUUGUACACAGGAUGUGUUGAGAUAUGCAAAUUGUGCUGUAAAAAAAAAUCAGCGUUUCCCCUGAGUCUAAAGAAUAAAUAUUAAGAAGAGCUAUAUUGAA